UCCCACAGCAGCAGCCAAGCAAUCGCUGUGAUUUCACUAACACCUUGUGGGAAAGAUGGUGGCCGGAUGGUGACUCGGCUUACUGGACGCUGCCUCCGUACCAGACCUGCCAUGAGCUGGCCUGGCCUAUGCACAAUGAGACUGGCGAUGCUGGCGCUGGCAGCAAUCGCGAUCACAGGGCUCACAGCUAGCUGCAGCCCUGCUUCACAGCACAGUGGACUUUCUGCAAGUCUGGUGACCGUGCCGGAAACGUUAAGAAACCCCGCCACCCUUAUCUCAGGUGACAGGCAAACAUCUGCCCGUGAUGUGGCGAGGACGCAAGAUAACGUAACGCUGCUCCAUCAAGAAGGAAUGCCACCUGGUGAAGACUUGAAGAAAUCAAUCUUUUCUCUCAUGGAAAAAGGCGAUAAGAGGAAUGGACUUGCAGCACAUCGCGACAUUGUAAUACUAUUGGGGAACACUGGAAGCGGUAAGAGUACUCUGACACAGUUCCUUGCUGGAAACAACACAAAAUUAAUAUCCGAGGAAAUUGAGAAAGGACUCGGACUCGAGGAGUUUAUCAUCGUUGACAGUGAUGACCGUAUAGGUUCCAGCUCAACUGCUGUAUCAAAAACUAUUUUCCCUGAGCCAACAGUAGAUGAAAACACAAAAACAACCUACUACGAUUGCCCUGGAUUCAGUGAUACCAGAGGAGUCGCUCAGGAUAUAUCCCAGGCCUAUUUUAUGAAAAGAUUGAUUGAUUCUGCUGAUAGAGUUAAGUUAGUUUUCGUUGUGAAUCACUCAUCAGUGAAGAAGGCCGUUGACAGGCAGGACUUCGUCAGAUUAAUUAAACACAGUUCGACCCUCAUAAGGGAUACUGAGAAGUUCAAUGCAAUUGGGAAUUUUAUUCAGGAAGUGAAAGGCAAUCUAGAAGAAGGACAGUUAGAAAGCUAUUUUAAAAACAGCACACUAAAAAGAAACGCUAUCAAAUUUUUAGAAGGUAUUUUAUUUAAAAAGAACAAAGUGUAUGAAAGGAUCGGCAUUUUCAAAAGGCCGGAUGUGCCCGGAGUAGUAAGUAAUAUAUCUUUAUUACAAAAUUGCAAAAAAGAGUUAGAGUUCAUAAUUCACCAAAACCUUGUUUUCCGGAAGAAAAAUGAUGAAGAUUUUGGGUACACGAUUUCUGCUGAGUCUGAAAAUCAUGCCGAGGAAUUGAUUAAGUAUGCCCUAUCAUUUAUAGAAGACUGUGUUCGAAAAAUUGGCAAGGAAGUUACAGACUUUUACCGAGCCACCGAAACAAAACUAUCAAUGGAUAUUGUUAUGUUAAAAGAAAGAUUCCAGUCUCUGCUGGACCUAUUAUCUGCGGUAGAUUGGCAGAAAAGCAGAUCGACUGCUGAAAAUCUAAGUGCCCGCGAGUUUGUGCAGCAUAUCUCAAAUAUUACAAAAUAUAUGGGACUUAAAAUUUCAAGUGAAACUAUGUCACCCAUAUUAAAUUACGGCAGGUAUCUUAGCUUCCUACAGAAAGUAAGUGGGAAACGAACUUUUGACCCUCUGCCGUGGGCUCAAGGACUUCAAGGCCUUAUUCAGAACUCUCAGGACUCGAAACAAUGGUAUGACUUUUUGACAAGGCUUUAUGAUAUGCUAUCAGGGUACAGUGUGCAAGAGAAUCGAAGCACAUUUAAUAUACCAGAAGUAGACAUGAUUCAGAAUAUAAACGAUACUCGACUGACAAACCUUUUCCAACACGUGGGUAUAGACAUCCCAUUCAAGCUGAUGGAUUCAUCUCGACAAAAAACAUUACGUGAGGUUAUAAGAGCGACAGUCAAUCACAAGGUAACUCUAUCACGCGAAGGGAAUAGCAAAUCCAAAUUAGUUUUGAGGGGACGAUACGUAAAGCUCAGUGAGAUAAGUCAGCAAAAUGUCAAUUGCAAGGAACUGAACGAAAUAAUCGUAUUCGCUUAUGAAAAAGUGUUUAUUGACACUGAUUUGGACUGCCCUGGCGUUGCAUCUCUAACAGUCGUUUCACCAUCAUGGUAUAUUACGAAUACAACUAAAAUUGUCGUAGACGGCAAACAGGGUGCAGCCCUCACAAAGCCUACAGCUGAUGCGGGUGUUGCACCAGGCAGCAACGGCAAAAAUGGAAAAGAUGGAGAGCCAGGGGAACCUGGGGGAUUGUUCUUUGGGAUCGGAGAAAAGUUUGUCAACUUGCACCUGCUCACUGUGUCUGCUAAUGGGGGUAAAGGUGGUCAUGGACAAAGAGGUGGCGAUGGAAAAAAUGGAGUCGACGGCAAGAGUCCCCCAGAUACGUUUCGAUGCAAAGGCGAUCUGCUAGACGUAGACAUUGAUCUCACAGUUAUGGGUGAGUCACAUGGCCGUGGUCAGGUGAACCCUAAGUCACAUAACCGUGGUGACUUGUUCCCUGGUCACUAUUACCAGGUGGCUGGUCCGAUGGGCACCAAAGGCGGCAGUGGUGGGGAUGGUGGACGAGGCGGAAAGGGGGGAAAACCAGGCAAUGUUACGGUCUUGGGGUUAAUGCAAAACCCAAACGUCAAAGUCCAAGUAGACGUGGGGGCAGACGGCAUUCCUGGUGCAGGUGGUGCUGCGGGCCUAGGAGGCAGCAAUAGUAAUGUUGUGGCGGAAGUACAUUGCCACACUGUGUUUGUGUGCGGCUGCGUCGAAUCGUAUCGUGGAGAAUGGGGCACGAUAUCGCGUCGUGCACGCUCAGGUACAACGGGCAAAGCUGGAGGAAAUGUCCUGGAAGGAAAAAACUCUAAAAUAUUACCCUUUGAUCAUUACGAUAAAGUGCUUAGGUAUGAAAGGUACUACCGGGAAUAUGUUGCAGAAAACAAGGUAUCGCAACUCAGCAGCAUGAAGAUCUUGGAACUACUCGAUGAAAAUUCUCAGAUUAAGGUGUGGCAUACGACACUGGGAUUGUUUCAUGAGUUUCAAGACUUAGAGGAGCAGUAUUACAAACUUGUUGGGAAGAUUCCUCUGAAACCAGCAUACCAGUUGUUACUGGAGAAAAUCAGUGGUUAUGCUAAAAAUCUGAAAGACAUUGAAACUAGAGGUGAUGAUAAAAGUGUACUACGCUACUUGUUCACAGCUUGUUUGAGUAAAAUUUGUAGUAUGCGUGAUGUAUCCGAGGGCAAUCUCAUUAUAGACUUGGAGAAGUUCGUUGCCUCUGCCGUAGAGAACGUCGAAAAAAUGGCAAAAGCUUUCAACCACAAUGAGAUAACCGCAUCUAGCAAAAGAUUUAGUGAAGAUAUCCAAUCUAAAACAGACGAAGCGGGUAUCUUUAUGUCUGAAAUAACCUCUGACGUGGAUAACUUCCUUUAUGACAUAGAUAAUAAUAUUCAAAGAUUAAUUAAUGAAACUGUUGACCUGCAGAAUGCUGCAAAGAAGGAAAGAGAUCGGCUAAUAGAACAAGAGAAGGAAUUAAAUACGCAGCUUGGAUUCCGAAAAUUGCUCGGUGUUGUCAAUGUUGCAAGCCAGCUUUUAAGCUUUUUGGGGCCGGCCGGUGCUGCAGCAGCCACAGCUGUUGGAGGAGCAGCGAUGACUACGGAGGCACUUCUCCUCGAUGACAGGAGUAGUACUGGCCAAGAUAAAUUGCUAGAAUUACCCAAAGGUGUUACGCUCUCUGCGUCAAAAAUAACUGAUGAGAUUAAAAACAAGAACCGCGUACUGUCAAUGCAAUUGCGAGAUGUAGCCCUAGAACUUAAGAAGUUUGAGAAAGAUGAACCUCACGCUAACUUGACUGAAAUAUUGCAUAAGGUUGAUGCAGCACAAAGUAAACUAAAGAAAGAAAACGAUAAGAUAUCAGCUUUAGACUUAAAAGCCAUAAAAAUGUAUGAAACUCAGCAACAAGAGAUCAGCACUUUGAUAAAUGAGAAGAAAAUAGAAAUCAAAAGAGAAAAAAAUCCAGAUGCGGUUAAUGUUUUGCAAGCAAAAUUGGAUUCACUAUUCGAAGAGAAGAGGGCCGCCAGCCCAAAUGAUCUGCCUCGUGUGAACAACGCAAUUUUAGAGUUGGAGAAGAAGAUUAAGCAAGAGAUUGAGACUAACCAUGACCUGGACAUUGAGUCGUUUCACAGAAAGAGAACCAUGCAAAGAGAAAAAGACGAACUAACUAAAGUACAGCAACAGAAGCUCGUUGGUAAGAAUUACGAGGAGUACACUGCAUCAGAAAAGAAGCGACAAAACCUUCACCGUGAGCUGGAGACGUUAACAGAACAGAGCAAAACUGCGGUGCCGAAAACUUUGACGGAUACGACUCGCGAAUUACACUAUAUAAACAAAAGGUUGCUGCAUUUGAAAGAGAAUACUGAUGCUAAAUCAGUUUCGGAAAAACAAGAACUGGAAAAAAGACAAAAACUCUUUUUGGAACGGAAGAAGUAUUUAUACGAGGACAGAAAAGAAAAAGUGACGCAAAGGGUAGAGGAAGGCACACGGCGAAUGGAGCAUGUUCUAAAUAUUAUAAGGAUAAGUGAUAUCACUGUUAGUACAUAUAGUAGAAUUAGGAAUUCGGAAGCAAAGAUAAAGCAAGUUGCCGCUGCAAUCGAAGGGGCCAAAAUCAAAUUGCAGUCGUUACUAGAGCACGAACAGAAAAUCUAUGACAUUAUGCUACCAUUGGCGGACACCAUGAAACAAUCAAUUAAUGAAAUGGGGACUACGUUGGCAGUUUCAUCAAGAGUUGCUCUUGACGUACGGAAGUGGAAAAUGCAACUUGCCCUGCGCAACAUCAGGGAAGAAAUGCAAAAGCUUUUUAAGGGUUUUACCGUUGAGGAACGUUUCAAAAGUGCCUUCCAGAAUUUGGAGGAAGGUAUAGGUGUUUUAAUACAAGUAUACAAAGACGUCGAGACUUAUCAAGAGCAGAACCUUUUAGCUUUGUACCUUGCAGAUAUAAGUAAGGAAAGUUCUAUCGAAGUACAGGUAAAAGAUAAAAAACUGAAAGAAGCCAUGGAAAAGCUAAAUGUCGCAUUGCGUGCUAACCUGGUUAUAAAAGAGUUUGAAAUGGUUUCUAGUGCUUUUAAGCAGCUUGUUUUUCCAUUUGCAUUAAAUUAUUUGGAGGAGUUCAGUUUGCCAACUUACCUUCAGUUAAACUACAGACAUGACAAUAUCAGUGCAAUCGCAUCCUCUGUUGCGGACAAGUUGACUAAAUUUAAAAAGAUGAUAACCAAGCAAAUAACAACCACCGAAGAAUAUGAUCAAUACAUUCGCUCUGCCGCAGAGUUCAAAAGUGACACUGUACCCUUCGAGCCAUUUUUUGUAUGGCGAAAUAAUAGUAAUAGCUAUGCCAUAUCAAACUUUUUGGAUGGAAUGAAUGUAACCCUGUUCGCUAACAUAAGGGAAGGCGUGCCCAAAAACGCAAUCAAAUUCAACGAGAUUGGCGUUCUUCUAAAAACAGUAAAUAGAUCAGAACAAUUAAAGCUAGAUGAAAUGCUUACUCCUCACGACGGGCUAUCAUUUGAAGUGAGCAUGACUCACCUGGGGAUUUCUGAUUAUCGAUGUGGCACCAAGUUUUACACAGUGACAAAUAAACCACACACCUUCAAUUAUAUCUACCACCCAGACGGCACAAAGUCAAAUCCCAAUGAAAUGGUUAAAAAAAUUAAAAAUGGGUCCCCAAUGUUAAGCCCCUACACCCCGUGGAGGAUCCAACUGACCGGGACCAUUCCCGUCGGCUUGCAGAAAUACAAAAACAAGAUUGAUAUAGAAUUAAUGGGGAGAGGUCAAUAUACUGACCGUAAGGGUGUCGAUGAUAAGGUAUGCAACACAGAUUUGGAUUCGUUUUAUGUAUCAAAGGAUGAUACGUCGUCCCGGGAUGACUUUGGACUCAUGCAGGAAAGCGAAUUUCCUUACAUUUAAGCGACGCAGUAGAAAGUCCACACAAUAUGUUUAGCCAAUCAGCUGAAUUUCGUCUCUUACAACUUGGAUUAGUAAACAUGGGUAGAAUGUUAAUGCAAAAAACAGGAUCUUGUAACUUUUUUUGGAAUGUCCUAAAGCUUUUCAAUUCUAUGAAAUCUGUUACUGUGGCUUCUUUGCUUUCAUCACUGUAUAUGUUUAAGGAAGAAUGGAAGAAGUUUACACUAUCACUGGAGAAUACUACGAAGGAAAUGGCACAAGCAUAGUUGAACUUUGUCGUUCUUAAUGUGUAUCUUGCAAUGAAACUGCAAAGCAAGAUUCGUAAUAUAAAGAACUAUCACUUCAUUUUAUGCUUGCGGCGAAUUCACUGUAACAUGGCUCAAAUAUUUCAUGAUACGACAUUUAGAGUGAUGGUUGCAGCCUCAAUGUAAUAGUAUGAUAAGUUUCCUUACUAUGUGUUCACUAAUUCGUGUUUUGAGUGUGGCAGGGCAGAGUGUCAGUCUCAAAGAUUAUAUAGAAUUGCAAAUAAAAUGUUUUGAAAGGAUA